AAGAGAACGAGAACCUUUGUUUAUAUAGAAAGGCGAUUUCAUCACCUCCGUCUUUGCCUCUUCGUUAUUUGCCGCCGCCGCUUCUUCGUCCUCGCAGGUAAGUCACAGGUAACUGAAAGAUGGGGCGUGUAAGAACCAAGACCGUGAAGAAAUCUUCUCGUCAAGUCAUCGAGAAGUACUACUCUCGCAUGACUCUUGACUUCCAUACCAACAAGAAGAUCCUUGAAGAAGUCGCCAUCAUCCCUUCAAAGAGACUCCGCAACAAGAUUGCUGGAUUCUCCACUCACUUGAUGAAACGUAUCCAGAAGGGACCAGUCCGUGGAAUCUCACUCAAGCUCCAAGAGGAAGAGCGUGAACGACGCAUGGACUUUGUUCCCGAUGAGUCUGCUAUCAAGACUGAUGAGAUCAAGGUCGACAAAGAGACUCUUGAGAUGCUUGCUUCUCUUGGAAUGUCUGACACUCCUGGCUUCUCUCAAGUCGAGCCACAAGCUAUGGCACCAAGCGCUGCUUUUGGCAGGGCUCCCAGAAGAUACUAGAUGGCUUUGUUAUAUCAUCAGCCGAUCAAGACACAGGAUUGGCUCUUUUUUCACAGUUAGGGACAACAAAGACUUGUGCUUGAUUAUUGUCUCUUUUGAUGAAAGUGAGACUCUUUUCUUUUUAAUGGUUUUUGAGUUAUGUAUGGUUUUUGAGUUAUGUGGAAGUGGAACCAACUCAACCAAGACCGAAGUUAACACUUUUGAAUUA